AAGAAAAACAAGCGGGAGGGGAAAAGCAUAGAGAAGUGUGCAAGCAGAAGCAAAGCUCAGAGGGAGUUGUAAGUUGUAACCUCCAUCAUCAUCAACGCAUCCACAUCAGAAAUAUUCAGUUUCAUAUGUCUUAAAAAGCGCAUCUUUACAAAGAAACUGAAUAAAGAUUCUCUCUUUCUCUCUCAUCUUUAAUCGGAGGAGAGAGAUUCCUCUGCACUCCAACAAAAGCAAAACCCAACAAUCCAAGCAAACAUAUAGGUUGGUGGAGUUGAAGGUGAAACAGACCCAGUACUAUUUGGGGCAUCCAAUUUCAGUUUCUGGGUGCAACCCCAAAAGCCAAAAUGGAUGAUGAAAUUGUGCAGCGAGUUUUCCAAGAAGGAGGCCGUGACUAUUUCCAGCAGCAACCCUCGACUUCGUCUUCGUCUUCCUCUAUUCUCCAGUCACUUUCUCUCCAUGUGUCCUUCGAUCGGGGGUAUUAUUUGUUGGUGAAAUCUAUCCAAGAGCUUAGAGAGAAAAAGGAGGGCCUUGUUACAGUCGGCAUUGGCGGUCCAAGCGGUUCUGGUAAAACAAGCUUAGCAGAAAAGGUGGCAUCUGUUAUUGGUUGUACUGUUGUGUCAAUGGAGAACUAUCGUGAUGGGAUUGAUGAAGGAAAUGAUCUUGGUACAAUAAAUUUUGACUUGCUGGUCCGAAACCUUGAGGACUUGACAAAGGGUGAAGAUACAUUGGUUCCAGUUUUUGACUAUCAACAAAAGAAACGCAUUGGUUCAACAACAAUACAGAGUGCUUCUUCUGGAGUGGUAAUAGUUGAUGGCACCUAUGCGUUGCAUGCAAAGUUACGCUCUUUGCUGGAUAUUCGAGUUGCAGUGGUUGGCGGUGUUCAUUUCAGCCUUCUCUCUAAAGUACGUUAUGAUAUUGGAGAUUCUUGCUCCCUGGAUUACCUUAUAGACAGCAUUUUCCCCUUGUUUAGGAAGCACAUUGAACCAGACCUUCAUCACGCACAGAUUAGGAUUAACAACAGCUUUGUCUCGUCAUUUAGGGAGGCAAUCUACAAGCUGAAAUGUCAAAGUGAGGCAGCAGAGGGACAUUUCACUACUGCCUUUCAAGAAAAUGCUGCUCAAAUCGAUAAUUUCAUUGAGAUGUAUCUUAGGCCUCCUUCGGCAAGCGAAGAAGCACGGAUAAAUGAUUGGAUCAAGGUGCGUCAAUCUGGUAUAAGAUAUUAUCUGUCACUUGGGGACCAGAGGAUUGUUGACAAAAAUUUCAUUAUCAGGCCAAAAGCAGAGUUUGAGCAGGUUGGAAGGAUGACAUUAGGCGGAUUACUGGCUUUGGGAUACGCUGUGGUUGUUAGCUAUAAAAGAGCAUCUAAAUCGGUCAAUACUGGCAGUGUUUCAUUAUCCCUUGAAACCAUUGAUAGUCUUGGUGAGACAUUCAUGGUGCUGAGGGGCACAGAUAGAAAAACCGUUGGAACAGAAGCAUUGAAGAUGGGUAUCAGUGAGCCUUGGAUCACUAAAUCAUAUCUGGAAAUGAUUCUUGAGAGCAAAGGCGUACCUCGCCUUAAUACACCACCACUUUUGUCAAAUACACCUGUGACCAGUAAUCAGGACAGAAUGAUUGUUGCACCAAAACCCAUUCGUGUUCCUCCAAACCUUGUUACUAGGCUAGAGGAUCUAUCUCAGCCAUGGACUAGAUCUCCAACAAAAUCUACAAUGGAUCCCGUAGUGGCCACCUGGCAUUUCAUCUCAUCAGAUCCUUCGCAAGCUGAUAGCUCAACCAUAGCAACCACAGAUCCUUCCUCUUUCAGGGAUGGCAUGAAACUGGCGCCAAUGCCUGAUUCAUAUGACUUAGAUAGGGGAUUGCUACUUUCUGUGCAGGCGAUACAGGCACUAUUGGAAAAUAACGGUUUUCCUGUUAUAGUUGGAAUCGGGGGUCCAAGUGGUUCUGGAAAGACUAGUUUGGCUCAUAAAAUGGCCAAUAUAGUUGGUUGUGAAGUUGUUUCCCUUGAAAGAUAUUAUAAAUCUGAACAAGUGAAGGAUUUCAAGUAUGAUGACUUCAGCUCACUUGAUCUAUCUUUACUUUCGAAAAACAUUAGUGACAUAAGGAAUGGUCAAAGGACAAAAGUACCUACAUUUGAUUUGGAAACUGGGGCUCGCAGUGGGUUCAAGGAACUGGAAGUUUCUGAAGAUUGUGGAGUGAUCAUUUUCGAAGGAGUUUAUGCUCUGCAUCCAGAUAUCCGAAAAUCUCUUGACUUGUGGGUUGCUGUCGUUGGAGGAGUCCAUUCGCAUCUCAUUUCUAGAGUUCAAAGGGAUAAAAGUAAAGUGGGAUGUUUCAUGUCCCAGGAUGAGAUCAUGAUGACAGUGUUUCCAAUGUUCCAACAGUUCAUUGAACCCCAUUUGGUUCAUGCACAUCUCAAAAUUCGAAAUGACUUUGAUCCUGUGCUUUCUCCGGAGAGCUCAUUGUUUUUAUUGAAGAGUAACAAGCAAGUGGCUUAUCAAGAUAUUUUGAAAAUACUGGAUCCUGUAAAGUUCUGCAGCUCUGUGCAAAAUUUCAUUGAUUUAUACUUGAAACUUCCUGGACUUCCUACCAAUAAGCAGUUAACAGAGGGUGACUGCAUUCGGGUCAGAAUAUGUGAGGGCAGAUUUGCAUUGUUGAUACGGGAGCCUAUACGAGAAGGGAAUUUCAUCAUCCAACCUAAAGUGGACUUUGAUAUAAGCAUAAGUACAGUGUCUGGACUUCUCAACCUUGGGUAUCAAGCUGUAGCCUACAUUGAAGCAUCUGCUUUCAUUUACCAGGAUGGAAAGAUUUUGAUCGAGGUUGAUCAUCUACAAGAUGCUCCAAACCCUUACCUGCAAAUCAAGGGGGUUGAUAAAGAUGCCGUGGCAGCUGCAGGGUCAUUGCUUAAACUGGAUGGUUCAUAUACCACCAAGAGUUAUCUUCAAAUAGUUCUCGAAAGAUUACCAGCAGCAGGAAGAGGCGCAGGUGGCAUUCACACCCUUCAAGCUGCAAGAUUGCAGGAACUUGUGGAGCUCAUCCAGUCUCAGGGCAGUAGUACAGCUUCAGAAUCUUCACCAAUUAGGGAGGUUUCUCCAGUUGACGUUAUUGAAGAUAUGCAGUCAAGGAUUAGAAGACUUGAGCAGUGGCAUACAAUUAAUACGGUACUAUGGACAUUCCUAAUGUCUGCACUUGUUGGUUAUUCACUCUACCAAAGAAAGCGCCAGUGACAAUGCCAUCCAAUUUAUGGCCCUUCAUACACAAUCUCUUUUCGUGCCAAAUCUAAUCAAUUACUGUAUAUAUAC